CUCUGGCGGGACGAGACACGCGUACACGAUAUCGUGAUAGUUGCGAUCGAAUUGCGUUUAAUCGAGCGCGGAUCUCUCGUUUCAGUGAUUCAGUGACAAGAGACACAAGUGUGCUAAUCGGGCGAAAACAUGGCUGACAGUGGUAUCAAGCGCAACAUUCCGAUCAAGCUCGGCGACUUCAGCGUGAUCGACACCGAGUUCUCCAACAUACGCGAGCGCUUCGAUGCCGAGAUGAGAAAGAUGGAGGACGAGAUGUCGCGAUUCCGUAGUGAGCUGAUGAACCGCGAGAGCAACAACUUCUUCAAGAGCACCACCAGUCGGCAUCAUACGAGCACCAGCGAGCAUCGCACGUCGACGACCUCGAAGGCCAAAGGUUGGGACAAGGUCGACCCUGCAGCACCGCCAAAGCGGUCCGCGUUCGACAGCUUCAAAAGCACGACCACGCAACAAAGCACUCAAAAUAGCAGUUCCCUGAGUCCUCAGCAUGAUCAUACUUGGCUGGAUGGCCUCAACAGUCCCCUCAUCCAGGACGAGGGUGACAGCAAGAUGUUGAAGCUGCGCUUCGACGUUUCUCAAUACACGCCCGAGGAGAUUGUCGUCAAAACUGUGGAUAACAAGCUCUUGGUCCACGCUAAACACGAGGAGAAGACGGAGAGCAAAUCAGUAUACAGAGAGUACAAUCGGGAAUUCUUGUUGCCGAAAGGAACCAAUCCCGAGAGCAUUAAGUCUUCUUUGAGUAAGGAUGGUGUUCUUACCGUGGAAGCCCCCUUACCAGCGAUCGGAUCGGGCGAGAAAUUAAUCCCGAUUGCACAUCAGUAAACUCGUGACGAAUCGUCGAAAAACCAAUUUCUUAUUUCCUGUCUCCGAACUCCUGUUCCAACUACCAUUCAACUUACCCAACUUGGAUCUUUCCGUAAGUCUUUUCAUCCUUCUUUUACAAUUCCUUACAUAUAAAACUUACUUAUUGUUAUUGUUAGACACGAGUCGAUUUAUCACGUGCGAGAAAGUUUGACCAAUUUUAACUAAAUAGCAGAAACGGCGAGCGAUCGCGUCAAGUAAUGCGUAUCGAAUUUCAUUAGCUUAAAAAAGAGAAAAGAGAAAUCAAACGUAGAGAUCAAUGUUGAAGUGCUAUAAAGAUAAAAAAUCAGAUGAGAUGUUUGAUAUAAAAUAUUUUCCUUUUUCAUACGAGCAGCUUUAAUACAGCUUUGAUACACAAGAUAUUUCAUCUUCCCUCGUAGAAAAAUAGCAUACUUUUUUCAGAGAGAUGUGCAUUGCCUUUUUUGAAAAGAUAUACUUUAGUUAGAUUUUUUUUUUUUUUUUUUUUUUUAAAUUUGUGAGCUAUACUGCUUACUUGUGCACCGCGUAUCAACGAAUCGAAAUUAUUACAAAUGUAUGGAAAAGCGAUUGUUUGUAAUGGUUAACUUAUAUAUAUGUGUUAGUUUAGGUGUACGUUAAAAGACUAUAACACAAUGCUUAGUGUGUGUAUAUAUACAUGAGCAUUAUAUACUGAUAUUAUUUAUGGAUAUUUUAAUAUUUUCGAAAUGCGCAUAAUAUUUAAAGGUAAUGCAAACACAAGUUUAAAUAAAAAUUGAUGAUAAG